AUUAGAAUUAAAUCAGCUUUCCUUCUAAUCUUAUCCAGACGUUAAUUUCUGUAGUACUGUCCAUGGAAAACCAGAAUAAUGAAGCAAUUAAUUUUGGGAGAUCACUCAUAGUACCAAGUGUUCAAGAACUUGCUAAGCAAUCCAUCACAAAGAUCCCACCUCGUUAUGUUCGCCAAGAUAAUCAGAAACCCUUAUUCAAGUCAUCCGAUGACACCUCCACACUAUCUGUACCUGUCAUUGAUCUUCACACCUUAUUUUCAACCGAUCCUGGAUCUUCGACGUAUUCCUCUGAGCUCAAUAAGCUUCAUACAGCUGCUAAAGAAUGGGGUUUCUUCCAGGUUAUCAACCAUGGAAUAAGUGAAUCCCUAUUAGAGGAUUUCAAGAGGGAAGUCUUGAGCUUCUUUAAGCUUCCGAUGGAGGAGAAACAAAAGCUUUGGCAGAAAGAAGACAGCCACGAAGGUUUCGGUCAGCUUUUUGUUGUAUCCGAGGAACAGAAGCUUGAUUGGUGUGACCUGUUUUACGUAAUUACCCUUCCACACAAUCUCAGGAAAUCCCAACUUUUUCAAAACUUGCCUCCCGUUCUCAGAAAGAAGUUGGAAGCUUACUCGACGGAAAUAAAAAAGCUCGCAAAAGGCAUCUUGGGUGAAAUGGCUAAGGCCUUAGGGAUUGAAGGAGAGGAAAUGAGUGAAUUGUUUGAUGAUGGGGUUCAGUCGAUAAGAAUGAAUUACUAUCCUCCAUGUCCGGAACCGGAAUCGGCUUUUGGAGUCUCCCCUCAUUCCGAUGCCGGUGGUUUAACGAUUCUCUAUCAAUUAACCGAAACAGAGGGCCUCCAAGUUCGAAAAGAUAGAAAAUGGGUUUCGGUUAAACCUCUUCCAAAUGCUUUGGUAGUCAACAUUGGAGACAUAAUGGAGAUUGUAAGUAAUGGCGUGUACAAGAGCAUAGAGCAUUGUGCAACAGUGCAGUCAACCAAGGAUAGGUUAUCAGUGGCUACAUUCUACACCUCCAAUAUGGGUUUAGAAGUAGGCCCCGCAAGAAGCCUUGUUGCACAGCAUAAUGUAGCAAACUAUAGGCGUGUCAUGUUUGAGGAAUAUUACAAAAGUUUUUUUGCUCGAAAGCUUGAGGCCAAAACCUAUCUAAGCCUGAAUGUUAAGUCGAAAUCAGAAAACGCACAAGGUGAAUUGGAGAAGAAGAGAGUAAGGAGAGAACAAACACCAACCGGUGAUGACAGAAAGAGAAUUGUGUCAGCCACUAGUGAAGGAAUCGACUUCACUGACCUUUCGGUGUUCGACCCUUACGACAACAAAUUACACCAUUUAGAGGAUGCACAUGGAGGUGCUACUCGGGAUUGA